AUGAAAUUUCCUGGAUUUUCUAUUGCUAUUUGCUUGCUGGUUGGCAGUUCAUUGAUCAGGGCUAAUCCGAUUCCCAAAUCGUAUAGCAAUCCUCAAUACCUCCAGUUGGGCCUGAAAAAAUCCCGGGUUGGCAUUAAUGAGAUCGAACGAGUUGCUGAUGAAUUUAAGGAGGUGCAGAAGCUCACCUAUUAUCCCUAUAAGCUUGAACUAAAAAAUCGAGGUUUUUUUUAUACUGUCGAUCUCAAAAUUGGUACACCUGAGCAAACGGUGUCAGUACUACUUGACACUGGGUCAAGUGAUUUAUGGGUUGUGGGUUCUAAUGUACGCUGUAGCUCUUCAGAACCAAAUGACGAUUGUAAAGAAUAUGGUGCAUUUGAUACCAGUCAGUCAUCCACCUGGUCAUCAAAUGGCACCGACUUUUAUAUUAGUUACCUUGACAACAGUUCCGCAAGUGGUGUAUGGGGUAUGGAUAUUUUGAAGAUAAAUGAUCUUAAUAUUGACGGCGCAACUCUUGCUGUCGCAAACGAAUCUUCUACUUCUCUCGCUGUGCUUGGUGUUGGUCUAUCUGCUGUUGAAACAACAAAUAUAGUGUAUCCAUAUUAUACUUACGAUAACAUACCCCUAAUAUUAAAGCGUAAUGGUGUAAUUGCAAGGAAUGUAUAUUCUUUGUUCACUAACAAAUUAGAAGCUGCUUCAGGAUCUAUUCUUUUUGGAGGUAUCGAUCAUGAGAAGUACAGCGGCAAGUUGCUGACCAUGCCAGUCGUUAAUGUUGCACCAGACGUGAGUCCUGACCCAAUGCAUCUUGCUGUGAUAUUAAGUGGUCUAACCUACAGCACUAUGGGUGAUAAGAUUGACCCUUUCUGCUCAAGAAUACCAGCCAUUCUAGACAGUGGAAGCAGUGGCACCUACUUCCCAAAGGCAAUUGUCGAGCAAAUAGCAGAAUUAUUAGGCGCUGUAUGGGACGAAGAAAUCGGAGCAUAUGGAGGCCAGUGUGCGGCCUCUAGUGACACUUUAGAUUUUGACUUUGGCGGUAUAAAUAUUAGUGUUCCACUCUCAGCUUUUAUUAUAAAGAAAGACUCCACAUGUUAUUACCUAAUUUUUCCAUUUGAGAAUGAUUUGGUCCUUUUGGGUGCCACAUUCUUGAGUCAUGCUUAUGUGGUCUACGACUUAGAUAGGCUAGAAAUCUCGAUGGCUCAAGCUUCCUACAGUUCUGUUGAAGAUAUUGAGCCAAUCAUAGAUGAUGUUCCAAGAUCCGAAAAAGCUCCAGGUUACUCUUUUGAUUGGAACUAUUAUGACGAUCAAUAA